AUGGCCGACAUUAAAAGCGUUGUGGCCUCCAUUGCGGCGAUCAUCCGGGAGCCGUCGCAGGAUGACGUCAUAUACUUGGACGAGUGCAGCGUGACCGGCUACAAGGACAUCUUCGAGGAUGGCGUGUUCGUGGACCUGGUUUCCCUCGAGACCUUCGGCCUGGAUUCCCUCAAGUACAAUUACAACCGAGCGCAGCAGGGCAGCGGCCAGAGCCCCGGGACACACACAGGAAGGUUCUAUUUGAAUAUCAAGAAGAAGAAAAAAUUGCUAGACAAGAUAGAAAAAAGCGAAAUAAAAAAUCUGACCCUGAAUGUGGAAGGAGGCUUCAAGGAGAGCAAGGUGUACGAAUACCUCUACACAUAUUCACUAUACGAUUUGGAGACUAAUUUAUAUAUUACCUUAGAUCAAGUGGAAGACGAGCGUGUAAAAAAUAUAUGUAAAAGCAUGAUUAGUCAUAAAAAUGAGUUAAAGAAGGAAAAUCCGAACAAGUGGGUAAAUGAAAUAAAAGAAAGCAAAUAUGCAAAGGAUCUUGUACAGCUACCAAAUGUUAUUAUAAAAAAUGAAAAUCUCCAAUGUGCCGUUUGUAAGGCUAAGAAGAAUAUAUGGCUGAAUUUAUCUGAUGGGUACAUAGGAUGUGGAAGAAAAAUAUACAACUAUGGAGGGGGUUGCUUGAACAAUGAAGAAGGAGCAGCAUUGAAACAUUAUUACGAGAGUGGAAAAAAAUACCCCUUAGUUGUGAAGCUAGGAACUAUUACCAAAGAAGGAGAAGCAGAUGUAUUUUCAUACGCAGAUGAUGAAAAUGAUAGUGUAAUGGAUCCUUAUAUAGAUGUGCAUCUGAAGAACCUAGGCAUUAAUAUAACAAAUUUGAACAAAACAGAAGUUACUACCUUAGAAAAAGAAAUAAAGGAAAAUCAAAAUAUAAAUUUUUCUUCCAUACUUGAUAAGGAUACACAACUUGUAUGUAAAAAGGGAAAGGUAGGAUUUCUCAACUUAGGAAAUACAUGUUAUAUGAAUUGUGCUCUGCAAGUAUUUGUGUCCAUUAAGGAAAUUAGUUACAGGUAUAUUGAAAACCAAUUAGACUUCCUCCUCACAUUGGAUCGAAGCAAAAAAACACACCAAGACAUGUUCAUUCAAUAUGCAAAAUUAUGUAGUAUGAUUUUUAAAGAAGAUUAUAUUAAUAAGAAAAAAAAUUAUAUAAAAAAAUUUAAAGAAGAAUGUGAAAGGAGAAAUGUGGAAAUUAAUUAUGACAGUGAUAUAGAUGAAGAAAAUUGUAUAAGUAUAAACCCUUCCAUGUUUCGAACAUGCUUGAAUGAAAAAGGAAAUUCAUUCUGUAAUAAUAAUCAGCAAGAUAUAUUUGAAUUUUUAAGCUACCUCCUCAAUGAGCUCAUUGAAAAUGAAAAUAUGAUUUUUCAUAGAAUCCUAAAUGGAAAUAAUUCAAAUAAAAAGAAAAUUAUAAAGAACCCACAAAAUGUUGAACAGGGUGGAGAAAAUGAAAAGGAAGACAAAUGUAAGAAGAGCAAUAAUAAUACUUGCUCAACCAAGGAGGGUACAAAUGUACAAGGGAAUAAUAAAGAAAAAAGUGAAAAGUCCCUCUUUAACCUGUUCACAUUCGAAAUGGAUCAAACCAUUGUACAUGAUGAGGAUAACAUAAGUAGCAGCUCCUUCCAAAAUAAUAUCCUGUCAUUGGACAUACCCCUCGAUAAUGAUGUGUUGAAAAAAAUGGAUGCAGAAAAUAAUACAUCUACUCCUCCCCCUCAUGUAACCCUACUAGACUGUCUGAAUAAUUUUAUAAAAAAGGAUUACAUUGAGGAGUACUACAGUGAAGAGAAAAAAACCAAAGUGUUGGCUCAAAAGGAUAUGAAGUUUAAGAGCUUCCCUCCAUACCUUUUUAUUCACAUUAAAAGAUUUUACGCGGAUGAGAAUUGGAACGCUAAAAAGAUAAAUGUUCCUGUUGAGGCAGAUGAGUAUAUCAAUUUGGAGUUUAUGAGGUCGGAGAAGAGUCCUCUUGGGGGAGGGGGGCAUGAUGGCAGCACUGGGUGUGGUGAAGCAAAAGGGAAAAACUCCGCAAAUACUUCUCCUCAUGGAGGGAAAAACAGCGAGGAGUACAUCAUACAACAUCAUAAGGAUCUCUUGGACUCCCUUUUAGAACUUGGAUUUGAAAAGGAAAAGGUUCUAGAGGCUAUAAGAAAAGUCAAGGUCAAAAAUGUGAACAACUGCAUCUCCUACAUUUAUGGUGAAGACUCGGUGGAACUAGAUUUGCAACAAGCCAACCAAGGGAUGGAAGUCAACUCUGAAAAUUUGAAUUCUAUCAUCAGCAUGGGUGUCAACAAGGAUGUAGCCAUGGCCUCCCUCCUCAUAAACAAAAACGACUUGCAAAAAUCCAUUGAUUACAUUUUCUCCAAUCUAGACGAUCUCACAGAGGCCAAGUGCGCCGCCAUUCUGAACAGGAACAAGUGCGAAGACGGCUUGGCCAACUACGAGCUAGUAGCUUCCAUCGUGCACAUGGGAAGCAACGCCAACUCGGGCCACUACAUGUGCUACAUAAAGGACGAUGCUCAGUGGUACGUAUACAACGACAACAAGAUUGGUCUGUGCGACACGAACAAGGGCAGGGACACGGCAUACAUCCAUUUGUACAAGAGGAUCUGA